AUGACGAAUACGCGUACUACUGACGUCGAACUGCUCGAAAGGAGGCUCCUUAUUAUCAUACGCGAGUUCUCCAUCCGCCGAGGCAGCGGCGGUAGAGGGCGGUGGAACGGCGGAGAUGGCAUCGUGCGGGACUGGGAGUGCCGCGUGCCCCUAACAUUCUCGAUCAUCUCGGAGCGCCGAGUGAGGAGACCCCACGGUAUGAAGGGGGGCGAACCAGGUGCCGCGGGCCGCAACUUCUGGGUGCAGAGGACUGAGGGCGGGACGUAUAAGUGGAUUCAGCUCCCGCCGCGCGGGCUGGUUGAGAUGGGUGCUGGGGAUAGAUGCGUCGUGCAUAAGCCGAGCGGCGGAGGCUGGGGUGUUCCAGACGAGACGCAGCAGGAGGACGGCUCGGCCGAGGAUCGUACAGACGCGGCGCAGAAUUCUGCUCAGGAGCCUCGAGCGACUGGGAGUUAUCACAAUUUCCUAGCAGCCCAGGCGGAGGUAUCAUAG